AUGGAACAACCCAAAGUCCAAGCCACCUGCCCGGAUAAAGCAAUGGGGACUUCACUUCAACCCUACGACUUUAAGAUUGUCUACAGGAAGGGAGCUGACAAUCCUGCUGAUUACAUGUCUCGACAUCCGCUUACAGCUCAGACUUUCGGAAGCACGAGAGCUUCCAAGAUUGCAGAGGAAUAUGUCAACUUCAUAUCGCAGUUGGCUACGCCCAAGGCAAUGGUGCUGGACCACAUCAAAGCAGAGACACUGAAAGAUGACAUUCUGCAACAGAACAAGUUCACAACACCGUACAGCAAGGAACCACUCACAGUCACUAACGUGAAAGGCUCCAUGGUGACAGCUAAACGGAAUGACCAUACCAUCACUAGGGACAGUUUGUUCUUCAAGAAGAUCCAUCCCAUGGCGCAGCAAGACCGACUGCCACCACUCGACUACGACGUGGAUCCUGAUCCUGAUGAUGGCAAUGAUCACUCAGAACCAGCACCUACACCGCCUAGAUAUCCAGUCAGGCAGCACAGACACUACCUGGUUGGAAUCCCGACAAUUCUAGAAGCUGGAGCUGACACCAAUUUCUGUGCCAGUCUUCUGCAAGUCAAUGACCUUCUGACUAUGACUGUCUCUUUAAACUCUAAAGAAGCAAAUAUUAUCCUCUUCAAUGAGGCAUCCGGCGAAGACUUCCAUAAGUGCAUCAGUUUUAAGGUUCCGCUUCCAAACAGCAAUGAAGAGAUAAGGGAACUUGUCGUGGAGGUAAAAGGUGCAAAAUUCUACUCACGAGAGGUCAGUAAAGUCUUGAUCAAGGUCUAUGAACCGAUGACCUUCGUGCAAACAGAUAAACCCAUCUACCUCCCAGGACAAACAGUGCAAUUCCGAGUUGUAUCCCUGGACACCAAGUUCAGACCUGCCUUCCAGAUGUACAAAACCAUUACGAUUGAGGAUCCAAACAGGAACCUCAUUGGACAGUGGCUGAACGAAACAUCCAGCAGUAAAAUUUUGCAGCUCUCUCACUCCCUGAACUCGGAGGCGCAGGAAGGAGAGUACCAAAUCAUGGUGGAGGUGGAGGAAUCGAUAAUAUUCCAGAGCUUUAAAGUGGAGAAAUAUGUUUUGCCAAAGUUUGAUGUAACAAUAGAAGGACCGGAUGAAGUGACAGUCGUAGAGGAUAACAUCAUCUUUGACGUGUGUGCACAGUACACAUAUGGACAGCCUGUGGCAGGUACUGCCACACUUAAGGUGUGUCGACCGGUGUAUACCUAUUUUGGUUCUCCUUUUGAGGGCCGAUAUAAUAACUUUGAGAUACCACCACCAUGCUACGAGGACACAGAGCAGACAAACAACAAAGGCUGUGCCACCUUCACUGUGAAGAUGUCCGAUUUUACAAAAAGUUCCCUAGGUUCAUUUCAAAAUGUACUGGAAGUCAAUGCUGAGGUGAAAGAAAUGGGGACAGAUAUUGAACAAAAACAGUCCAAAACGACUCAAAUUUCCCAAGUGAUUGGAAAGCUGUCAUUUGUGGAUACACCUAAAAUUUAUGAGAAAGGAUCAAAUGUGGAAGGAAAAGUUCAAGCAGUCCACUACAACAAUACUCCAAUUGCCGGCAUGGUUUUGUACCUGCUGGAGGGUCAGGGGUGGAAGCCGUCUCUCCAGAAGACUCUCAGAACAGACAGGGAUGGUUUCGCAACGUUCUCAAUAAACACUACUUACCUUUACGGCGACAUAAGUAUAUAUGUUAGCAGUACACCAAACCUUUACAAUGAUUAUGGAACCUCUUACUAUGAAAUUGGAGAGCACACGGUGUCCCUGGUUCAAGAACCUAAUCCUCAUACGAAGACAGCCAGCUACCUGCAGGUGAAGGAGAUGAAGGAGACCAUUCCUUGUCACUCAGAUGAGGACAUCACCAUCAGAUAUGCUGUAGCUGGAGAGUCUCAGGGCACCGCAGAUAUCAUUUAUCUGGUCUUAUCCAGAGAAACGAUUGUCUUUCAAGGAGCUCAACGGAUUGUUGUAAACGAAAAAUCAGUGACUGAGGGUGAGACGACGUUCCAGUUGCACAUUUCUCCAGCGAUGGCACCAGCUGUCCAGAUUGUUGCAUAUGCUGUGCUUCCUAGUGCUACUGUGAUUGCUCACAGUGCUGAGUUCACUACUGAGAAAUGCUUCAGUGACAAAGUCUCGGUGGAGUUUCGUCCAUCUUCAGCUGUCCCAGGAGAAGAAACCACCUUGCAAGUGAAAGCCGAGCCAAACUCUCUUUGUGGGGUGAGCGCUGUUGACCAGAGUGUCCUCAUUAAAGAGCCCGGAAAGACCUUAGAUGCAGAUAAGAUAUUUACAUUGUUGUACAUCAUAAAAUCCUCAUAUGUUCCAAACGAAGUUCAAGAUCCAGUGAAAUGCUUACACGUCAGACCAAGAAGAUCUAUUUUGCCGUUCCCUGUGGAUAACAGGAAUGAUCCUUUUACCGUUUUCCGGAAUAAUAGACUGAAGAUGGUAACAAAUUUGGCCAUUUGCCAGGAGUUUAAAAGAAGAGAAAUCUACUACGAUGCUCUUCCACCUAUGGCAUCCGAACGUGCUCAAAUGGGAGGAGGAUUGCCCAGUGACGGCCCAAUUCAGACAAUCCGCAGCUACUUCCCAGAGACUAUGUUGUGGAGCCUUGUGGAAGUCGGAAACUCUGGCAUGCAGGAUGUGGCCAUAACUGCCCCGGACACCAUCACCACAUGGGAGACUGAGGCUUUCUGCCUGUCCUCUCAGGGUUUUGGAUUGGCUCCUCGUCAAAAGUUAACAGUCUUCCAGCCUUUCUUCCUAGAGCUCACUCUUCCCUACUCCAUCAUACGGGGGGAAUAUUUUGAGCUGAAAGCAACCAUCUUCAACUUCCUGUCUACAUGCAUCAUGGUCAGCGUGACUCCGGCUCCCUCCUUAGAUUAUACCCUCACCACACUUCGUGGUGAGCCAUACAGUUCCUGUCUGUGUGGCAACGAGCGCAAGACUGUCAGGUGGACUAUGGCUCCCUCAACCUUAGGAGUUGUCAAUGUGACCGUGACCGCUGAGGCUGUGCCGUCCCGAGCCCUUUGUAACAAUGAGAUUGCGAACGUGCCAGAAAGAGGUCGUGUCGAUGUCGUCACACGAACGCUCAUUGUGAAGGCUGAAGGCUCUGAGAUGACAAAGACCUACAAUUGGUUGCUGUGCCCCAAAGGAGAAACUCUGAAGGAAGAAGAAGAGAUACAACUCCCCAGCAACGUGAUUGAAGGAUCAGCCCAUGGCUCAGUAUCUGUCCUAGGUGACAUCUUGGGCCGGGCCUUGAAGAAUCUCGAAGGACUGUUGAGGAUGCCGCAUGGAUGCGGCGAGCAAAACAUGGCGCUCUUAGCUCCUAAUGUUUACAUCCUCCAGUAUCUUCAACAGACACAGCAGCUGACACCAGCCAUCAAAGAAAAGACUCUCAAGUUCCUGACUAGUGGUUACCAGAGGGAACUUAACUACAAGCAUGACAGUGGAGGAUACAGCACUUUUGGAACAGGAGAGGAGAACACUUGGUUGACUGCUUUCGUGAUGAGAGUCUUUGCCAAAGCAACAUCGUUUAUUUACAUUGACCCUGCUACUGUGGAAGAUUCCGAGGAAUGGCUGAAAGACAAACAAAAAGACAAUGGUUGUUUCCAACAGUCAGGGAGACUUUUUCAUAACAGAAUGAAGGGCGGUGUUUCGGAUGAAGUGACCCUCAGUGCUUACAUCACAGCUGCCUUUUUGGAGAAGGGUAUGCCUGUAGAUGAUCCCGUGGUGACCAAGAGUCUGUCUUGCCUCAAGGAGGCCAUCAAUGGCCUGGACAACACUUACACGACAGCUCUGAUGGCCUACGUCUUUACCUUGGCUAAUGAUCAGGAGACCCGUGCUCAGCUUCUGGAGCACUUAGACCAAAAUAAGAUACAAGAAGGUGGUCUCAUUUACUGGUCUCAAACAUCAUCAGAGACCUCAGCCUCUCUGUCUGUGGAGAUCAGCUCCUACGUGCUGCUGGCCAAACUUCAUGAAAAUCUUUCCGUUGAAGACCUGGGUUACGCCUCUGCAAUCGUCAGAUGGCUGACAAAGCAGCAGAACCCAUAUGGAGGUUUUGCUUCUACCCAGGACACAGUGGUGGCCCUCCAGGCUCUCUCUCUUUACUCCACUCUGGUGUUCAGUCCAGGUGGUUCAAGCAAAGUGACAGUGACGUCUCCCAGCGGUCAGAUGACAUUUGAUAUCAACCAGAAUAACAAACUGCUCUACCAGGAGCAGCUGCUGAAGGAGGUCACAGGAAAGUACAAUGUGAUGGUGACGGGAUCUGCGUGCGUUGCCGUGCAGAUUUCUCUGUUUUACAACAUCCCGACACCCACCGAUGUCACAACUCUCAGCGUCAGUGUGAAGACAGAAGCUAACUGCAGGAGCCUAUCUGACAGACACAAACUCACCCUGAAUCUAAAAUCCCUAUACAGCGGGAAAGAGAGCAGCACCAACAUGGUGAUCCUGGAAAUCAAUCUGCUGUCUGGAUUUAAAGCUCAGCCACAGUCUUUGGAGGAACUCAAAGGUGGCGUGCUGGUUGAUCGAAUUGAGGAGAAGGAAAACCAGGUGCUCGUGUAUCUGGAUGAGCUACCGAAGGACAAACCGAUUUACCACAGCUUGGAGUUAGUACAAGACAUCUCAGUGCAGGGCCUGAAACCAGCUGUGGUCAAGAUCUACGACUAUUACCAGACAAAUGACCAAGCUGAGGCAACCUACAAUUACCCUUGUGUGGAAGGUUGAAGCCAGUCUUGAUUUCGGCUCAGGACCUGUACGUCUCCAUGUCUAUUUGUGGAGUGAUUCACACAGUUGACACUUUGUGCAGAGCAUUUUAAAUGACUACUGUGUAAUACUCACAUUGAC